AUUUUGCAAGUAACUAGUUCUUUUGAUGCUACCAAAGGUGCAAAGCAGCCUCACUCGCUGGACAGUUUCAAGUGCAAGUUAAGUAUACAUCGUCUCGUGUCAUAUAUAUAGGAACUGUCGUCCUAAUCCUUAGGGUACCCUGUCAUCAGUGCUGAAACAUUCAUGUCCACCAGCUGAACUAGUUUUUGCAUGCGCCCCUGGCCCUCUCAUACCUUUCUUGUACUGACAUUAGCUUGAAAGAAACGAUCACUGUUCGAUCAGCAGUUUGCGAGGCAUGGAUGGCGAGGGAGAGAGGCGCAUGGUGGAUAGCGAGGGAGAGAUACACAUGGAUCCGGCGUUGUACAUGGCGGCGACGCAGGGGAAAGUGUCGAUCCUGAAGCAACUGGCGGAUCCGGAGGAACCCAGUGUCCUCAGCGCCACGACGCCCCAGCUGAACACGGCGCUCCACCUCGCCGCGCUGCACGGCCACGCCGAGUUCGCCGGCGAGGUCCUGGGCAUGAACGAGGAGCUGCUCGUCAUCCGGAACGGCGACGGCGACACCCCGCUGCACCUGGCGGCCAAGGCGGGCAAGCUGGAGGUGGCCAGGCUGCUUGUCAACCGCGCCAUAGCGUGGCCGGAGGACAAGAAGAGCCCUCUCAUCAUGACCAACAAGGCGGGCAACACCGCGCUGCACGAGGCGGUGCAGUACCGCAGGGGCGCCUUGGCGGUGGUCCUGCUGGACGCCGACCCCAGCCGCGGCCACGACCUCAACGAGCAGAUGGAGUCCCCGCUGCACAUGGCAGCCCGCGAGGGCCUCGUCCAGGUCGUCGAGAAGAUCGUCAGCUACCCCUGGGUCGGCCAGAAGUUCUUGCCCUCCGCCUCCCUCAGCGGCACGGCUCUGCACCAGGCCGUGCUGGGCACUCAUCACCGGAUCGUGGAGAUCCUGCUGGAGAAGAUGCCUGAUCUGAUCGACCUCACCGACUCCCAAGGCAACAACGCCCUGCACUACGCGGCGCAGAAGGACCACCAGAAGGCGGUGGAGCUGCUGCUCAAGAAGCGGACGGAGCUAGCCUACAAACGCAACCUCGAGAGCAUGUCCCCGCUGCACGUCGCCGCGCAGUACGGCUCGACGGCUGCCAUCAAGGCGCUGCUCCGGCACUGCCCGGACGUGGCCGAGAUGGUGGACAAGGACGGCCGCAACGCCUUCCACACCUCCGUCCUCAGCGGCAAGGCGGCCGCGCUCCGGUCCCUGCUCCGCCGCGUCCGUCCCGCGGAGCUGCUCAACCGCGUCGACAUCCACGGCGACACGCCUCUGCACCUCGCCGCCAAGAACAGCCGCGUCCACUCCGCCCUGCUGCUUCUCAGGGACAGGCGCGUCGACCCCUGCGUCCGCGACAAGAAAGGCCACACAGCGCGCAGCCUUGUCGAGAAGAAGCUGCACACCGGCGAGAUGGACGCCUACGAGAUGUACCUCUGGCGGCAGCUCAAGCACCAGGAGUACAAGAGGUGCCGCAAGCAGCAGCUGCCGCCGCUCGCCACCUACCCCAGCCGCAGGGGCGACGACAAGUACUUCGAGCGCAUCGUCGAGACCUACAUCCUCGUCGCCACCCUCAUCGCCACCGUCACCUUCUCCGCCACCUUCACCAUGCCCGGCGGCUAUAACCAGAGCGACGGCAUCGCCCUUAAGGGCCACCACGUCGCGUUCCAGAUCUUCGUCAUCUCCAACACCGUCGCCAUGUGCAGCUCCAUCGUCGUCGUCUUCUGUUUCAUCUGGGCCUGGCAGGACCCCGUCAGGUUCAAGGUCGACCAGCUCUUGUGGGGUCACAGGCUCACCGUCAUCGCCUGCCUCGCCAUGCUCGUCUCGCUCAUGACGGCCGUCUAUAUCACCGUGGCACCCGCGUCACGGUGGCCGGCCUACGUUGUCAUCGCCAUCGGCACCAGCACACCGGCCGUCGUCGUUCUCAUGCUGGGCAAGGAGGUGAUCUUCGUGCCGGUGUAAUCAAGUGCCUACACGGCUUGUGUAAUUUUUCCCAUUCUCUACAGGCCAUAUUAUGUGUUAUUUUGACUACUUAAACAGGAGUGCAGUAGUUACGAAGAUCGUCAGUGAAAAAAAAACCUUAGUAACAACAAUCAUCUAUUCCCUCAGUUCUAAAUUAUAAGUUUUUUCGAUUU